UUUAAGAUUGUAAUACGCUUGCGCAUGGGAAGUGACGCCAUAUUUUCAGCAAAAAUGGAACGGAGGGAACUUUCAAUGUUUAUAUUGAGUUUUAUAGCUUAGGAUGGCUAUAAAGCAUUUUGAACUGACAACAAAAAAGAAAUGCAGCUCCACUGACAUAUUGAAUUGAUUGAUUCAAAAUAUAUACGCCAACAUGCUGUGGAUUUUGCAAUCGGCAUUAUCCCAAUGCUUUAAAUUUCUCCUGGAUUGCAUUUUUUUCAUAAUAGUUGAUUUGUUUGUGAAAUGGUUUCUAGGUGAUUCAAGAUCACCAGAGGAGAAGAAGAAAAUUUGGCUUUUUGAGUCUGCUGCAUUGCUUAUAUCCUGUGUACUCAUCCAGCUAUGUGAUCAUACGCCUUAUUUUCUCAUUGGUCUUACCAUAGUGACAUUUGUUUACACCCAAUUACCAUGGUUACGAUUUAAUCCAGAUUUACGUCACUGGUGGGGUGUUGCUCAGACAAGAUGGGAAGAAUAUCAGCAGCAUUCAGACAGCAUGGCUCGACUUCAGAAACAACUAAGUAACGAACCACCAAUGAGAGGCAUGAUGAAUGCAAGACCAAAUAUUCGUCAUGAAGAAAUGAGAAAUAAUAGAUUUGGGCCAUUUCAACAAAAGAAUGUAAACUUUUCAUUUCCUCAAGGCCAAACUCAAAGCAACUUUGAAGGAAUGUCAAAUCAAAAUACUAAUAAGAAAGAAAGUUCCACAACUGGCAAAAGCAUGCUGUCUUCACUUUCUAGAAUAAAAUUAUCAAAUGUUUUUAAGAGGCCACAAAAUAAUGUUACACCCUUGAAACCUGAGUUUAGUUUCAUGCCUGCUAGUACUUCCAAAGUACAGAAUAAUAACAUAAAUACUCCAAUAGUUACUAAUGAAAAAAAUUCACCUCCAAAAUCAACAUGGUUUGGAAGUCAAUUGACAAGGCAACCAAUUCGCAAAAUAGAUCGUCCAUAUACACCAAACUAUUCUCCAGACUAUAGCAGCUCAUUGAGAAACAAGUUCAUGUCAACCUUUGGGUUUUCUGGACAUCACAGUGGUCCACCUGGUUUACGGAAUGAAGGACAGAAUUUGUGUUUUAUGAAUAGUAUUUUACAAUGUAUAGCUAGAACACCUAAUCUGUGUAAACAUUUAAGUUUAGAGACAGCUAAAGAAGCAGAAUGCAGCGUAGCUGAAUCUGUUUUACUCAAUACUCUAGUAGAAAUUUUAAACAGUUGUAUGGUAGAUAUCUCUACUUCAAACUUAGAUCCCAUGGCAUUUAGACAGGCAGCAUCAACACUCAACAGUAGCUUAGUGGCAGCACCUUCACAGCGGCAGGUACAGCAGGACGCAGCAGAAUUUUUCAUGUGGCUUAUGGAUACUGUGCAUACAUUACUGAAUAAAAACAGGAGAGGUGGCCAAGUAGCUGUUGAAAAUCCUCGUCUGAAUAUGUUGAAAUUUAUAUACGGACAUCUUAAUCCUGCCAAAAUUCAAGAUCUCAAAAAUGCUUGCCAGGUAGAGAUCAAUGCAGCCAACGGUUUCCAGAAUGAAACCUAUGCAGAGCCUAUCCAAAGAUUAUCUGACUUAGAGUGGUUGUCCUAUAAACAGGAGAAUGAUUCAGUGAUAGAUAACCUGUUCACAGGACAACUAGUGACAGCAUUUCAUAAUCUGAGAGACAAUAAAAUCUCUGUCAAUCUUCAGACAUACAAUGUAUUACCUGUAACAAUAGCCGAGCCUAGAGAUGUUUCAGGUCUAGUUGUUCUCCUAGAUUGUUUUUCAAACUUUUGUAACAUUGAGCAUUUGAGUGGUCAAGAGGAGAUAGAUAAUUCACCAUAUAAACCAGUGGAAUCUCCGAUAUCUCAACAAACUAAUCAAAAUUUACAUCGGACACCUUCAAACCUCAGGGAAAGAAAAUUUACAAGUGUAGAUUCGGCUAUAUCAGUCGGAUCUCCGUAUUCUGUCAUGUCACCCAUCCCUGGAAUGGUAAAUUUAAAUGACAGUGGUUACCAAGACAAUGUGUUCAGAACAUCAACUCCUAUAGGUAAUAAUGUGAAUCCAUCGCGUGUCUUGUCCAGAACUUGUAGCCUACAACGAAGGUGUUUGUUGAGACAGUUACCAGAAUGUCUAGUCAUACAGCUAAUGAGAUUCUCGUACAACCAGUUGACUGGACAGUCUAGGAAACUUUUGUCUCCAGUCAAAAUUCCUCUGAAGACCUUAGAUUUGACAUCCAUUAUGUUUGAUACUGUCACACAUCAAGAAAACUUAUCAGAGGAAGAGAAUUGUUAUAAAUAUGACUUGUAUGGUGUUUGUGUUCACUAUGGAGGUGAGAGUACAAACUAUGGGCAUUAUGUUAGUUAUGCUCUACAGCCAGACAGUAGUAAGUGGUAUAAAUUUGACGAUGAAAUGGUUACAGAGGUCAACAUGGACUAUGAAUUAACAACCCAAGAAGUGAUGAGGAAUGCAUAUCUGUUGUUUUAUAAGAAAUGUAAAAGUAAUUGAAAUCUCAUUGCUCAUUGUUUUAUAGUUGUUACAUUGUUAUAUAAAUUUUGUUAUAAAUUCAUGUCAGAUCUAGUUUUUUUACUUAAUUGGCUUGCUCUAUAUUUAUCUGUUUAUAAAGCUGUUACGUGUUGAGGCAAUUGUUAUAACAUCUUAUUCUAUUAUCAGGGAUAACAAAUUUCAUAUUAGAAUUUCUGUGAACAGUGAAUCUUCAACAAUUACUGGUAAAAUUGAUUGUUAACCCUUUCCUCCAUAAUGAUGCCUUUUGACGCCACCCCCUUUACUCCAUAAUGACGCCUUUUGACGCCUGUGUAGUACCUCAGUUGAAACACUUCGACUACAAAGUGUCUGCAGUUGACUUAAUAAAGUUUGUAUCCAAUAUGAAAAGGAGUAUCAUAGGAAUAUCUGACUUAAAUUUAUUUCAUGAAAUAGUUAACGUUGUUUUUCACAAUGCUUUAGUACUUCAAAUCAUAAGUUCAGCAUUUUAUAAAAAAAAUCCUAUGCGAAUCAAGUAUGCAAAAAAAAAAAUUCAAUGGAGGAAAGGGUUAAGCCAGGAAUACUUCUGUUGGUAUGGAUUUUUUUGGGGUUAAAAUGAGCCAUUAAUCUAUCAAAGAACAACAUUCAUCAAGAAAUAUACAUGUUUUUAAAAAAAAGUAUUUUAAAAUUUUAAUAUAUAUGAUAAUGAACUGACACAUUUUAGAACAUUCGCAUAAUUCAGUUAAAUUUAGAUAUAAAGAAGAAAAAAAUGGAUUUAGAUAUAAAAUCAUUCAAUUUUAAUGCUAAGUAUUUUAAAAACUUGUUUAAAUGAAAAAAUAUGAUUUAAAGCUUAGUAUAUAUACAGAAAAAAAAAUCAUUUUAAUUUUUUAUAUUGAAUACACUAUUAAAUAGUUAACUCCUUAAAAAAUGAUCUCAAUGUGAAUAUUGUCUUUCUGAGAUAUAAACAUGAGGUACACUAAAGUUAUUAUUUGGCAAAAUAUUUAGAAUUUUACUAAUUCAGAAUUUGAAAUUAAACUUCAGGUCUUUCAUUUGAAGUUUGAAAAUGACUCAUUAAAAUAAAGAUUAAAAUGCGGGUGUAAAAUAUCAAGCCAAAGCAAGAACCAAGUUUUAUCUAGCUUGCACUCUCAAUUUUUGUUGGUCUUAAAACCAUAUACAUGUAUAUGCAAACUUGCGAAAAUUUAUUUAAUUUGAAAAUGCUCAGAAGAUCUCAUAAUUACUGGUAUUUUGAUUAUGUUUUAUCAGAAACACUGUUGUAUCAUGCAAAUAAUAAAAUGACAGAUAAACAUGUGCAAGAAUGUAUUAAAUAUAAAAAAAUAAUUAAAAAUAAAAAAUACAAUAAUUUUUCUACUUGCCCAAGGCAAUUUUGUAAUUUUCUAACCAAAACU